CCGGGGACACAACAUUGCCCCGCCCUUCACGCGCGAGCUGGGGUUUCGAUCGAAGCAGCACGCCAUUUUCCAUCGACUUGACGAAAAAGGAGCGUCACAAUUGAAGACGCGCGGGUGAAACUAUCCUCCAAAAUACAGCAAAUAAGAUCCAGCCAUGCAUCGUGAAUGUCCACUCGACUGCAAGGUCUAUGUAGGAAAUCUGGGAAACAAUGGAAACAAGACAGAGCUAGAGAGGGCUUUUAGUUACUACGGGCCUCUUCGGAGUGUCUGGGUGGCGAGAAACCCCCCAGGCUUUGCCUUUGUAGAAUUUGAAGAUCCCAGAGAUGCUACCGAUGCCGUGCGGGAGCUUGACGGGAGAACGUUAUGCGGUUGCCGCGUGCGAGUGGAGCUGUCCAACGGUGAGAAGCGUAGCCGCACCCGCGGGGCUCCCCCUUCGUGGAGCCGGCGCCCCCGAGAUCGAGAUGACUACAGGCGGCGUAGCAGCCCACCACCGCGACGAAGAUCUCCACGCAGGAGGAGCUUUAGUCGUAGUCGCAGCAGGUCUUUCUCUAGAGACAGAAGAAGGGAGAGGUCCCUCUCCCGGGACAGGAACCACAAACCUUCAAGGUCCUUCUCUCGAUCGAGGAGUCGCUCCAGAUCAAACGACAGGAAGUAGAAGAACGUGAAAAGAGUCGAUGAAAACGGUUACACUUGGACGUUUUCACAUGAUGGACAUUUGUCUUUUUUUGUCUUUAUUUUUUUUUUUUUUAAAUCAAGAGUUUUAGUUCCACCCGUCUCCCCCAUUUCACAUAGGUUGGGUGCGGAAGUCCUGAAGAAAAACAAAAAAAAGGUGCAUCACCCAGCAUUCCAUUUCACAAGUAAUGGCUACAAAAGGUGUCUGUUUGCAUUGUUUUUAUAAAUGGUUCUAAUGUGUAGUACGAUCCAUAGUGAGUUCAUGUUGCUUGUGUCUAAGUGCUAAGUAAUGAAAGCCAACUUCGUGUUCACUGUGCGACUUUCUUACCUCAUAGUGAAGGCUUCCAUCUGUUUAUGCUCACCUUUUGUUUUUGUUUUCUUUUUUUUACAAAGUGAUAGAUGGCUCAAAAUAUGGAAUGUAUCUGAAACAAAUUACAGGCUGAUUUUGUGUCAUUACUUUCAUGUGUGAAAUUGUCUCCAAUUAAAAAAAAAAGUUGUUUAAAA